AUGAGUACAAUUGAAAUAGUUAGUACUGUCGCAGAAUACACGGAAAUUCAUUCCCCUGUGUCACUGAAAUUCCUCUUACCAUCUGCAAGAGAUUCCAGUUCAUCAAUAUCGCUUUUUAGUGCUAUCUUUUGGUUUUGGCUGUGGCUAUUCUUCAAGAUAAUGAACAUAUUUUUGUACUACAUUCCAAAUAUAAUAGUCAAUUUGUUCUCGGUUAAUUUUCAGAUUACAUUGUCAUUGUCAUCAAUUGUUAUCACUUUAACAGGUAUAAUAUCGUUCUGCUUCUUAAUAGUCAGAUAUAAGUAUCUUACGCGAUAUUCUAAAACGACCAAAUCAACCGAUAAGCCCAAAUCGUCUAAUAAAAACAUUGACUUGGUCGGAUCUAUAAAAAAGAACAAGAGAGGAGAUUCAAAAUCGACAUCAAAUUAUUUGGAUGAAUUUUUAAGUGCUAUUAAGGUAUUUGGAUAUUUGGAGAGACCAGUAUUUCAUGAAUUAACUAGGAACAUGACAACGCAAAAGUUGUCACUGGAGGAAAUAUUAUAUCUAGAUGAAAAGUUGGGCUUUCUGAUUGUCGUCGAAGGUACUAUACAAGUAUAUACUAAGGUUAACAGUGUCAAUUCGAGUACAACUUCAAAUAGUGAUGAUAAUGAAUUGAACUUCGAAAAAGACGAUCUAUUAACUAUUGGAGAUCAAUGUUACCAAUUAUUGAAUGAAGUGAAAAGUGGAUCGCCGUUAUCUUCAUUGAUGAGUACGUUAGAUUUGUUUAAGCCAGUCGAUCCUGAUACUAUGUCGAAUCGAUUGUUUUCUCCAUUUGAAUUAGAUUCUAAUCCGGCUUCAAAUCCUCUAAGUCCUGAUAACACUGGCUCAAAGUCGUUCGAUCCACUCAGCUCGGGUAAUUUUAACGAUACAUCUUUAAGCUCAAGUGAUCGCAAUUAUCCUAACAUUGUGGCAAGACCUAAGCCUAUCGAAGAUUCAAAUAAUCUCAACACGGCAACGAUUGCAAUUAUUCCGUAUCUGGCAUUUCAGAAAGUUCAAUCUAAAUACCCUAAGGCUACAUCGCAUAUUGUAACAAUGGUUAUAACUAGACUAUACAAGAUAACCAUGAAUACGAUACAUAGCUACUUAGGCUUAACAAGAGAAAUCAUACGUAGUGAAAUCCAACUAAAUGAAUCUGAAGGUGCCAAGGAUAGUUUACCCAGUUAUUUAUAUGACGGUGUUAUUGAAAAGUUUUAUGGCGAUAAAAACAAUGAAACUUUAUUGAAUAAAACAGCAGAAAGCCCUUCUGUAUCAAUAAAUAAGACAUCUAGUAGUUCUUCCUCGUUACCUAAAAAGUCAACUACUAGUUUAAGACCGUUAAAUAGAAAUCAAUCUUCAAGAUAUGUUGUGUUGGAUUCUCGUUCAAAAUCUACUCAUCCUGGAGAUUUGCUUUCUUCUGUACCUCUAUCUAGGAGAUCUGAUUAUUAUCAAACUCAUACCACAAUUCAACCAGAUCCCGAAGAAGUGCGCAGUCAAUCACGAACUAAGAUGACUUCACCUGUCUUACCCAAACGUCAAAUAUCAUCAAAUGGGGGACCGACUUUGAAAGGACAUUCGUCUUCUACCACAAAGUUCGAAAAUAUUAGAGAUAGAACAUUCUCUGAUGAAAGAGAAGAAACUGAAGAAACUUCUUUACGAAUUGCUAUCAUUGAAAAUAUUUUCAAAAUUUUAGGAAUCAAUGAAGUUUCAAAUAUGAUUGGCAGUAUGUCAGACUUAAAUUCAAGAAGUUCAUCAGUUAAUUCUUCAGUAGUUGGAUUGCCAAGUUUAAUGAAUAAUGGCAAUGAAAGUAAAUAUCCAAAUGGAAUUUUUGAUUUUAAUACAGGCAAAGUAAGGUACGAUUCGAUUAGCAGUUUCCCAACUUCUUUGAAUAAAGGAGCAAAUAAUAAUUUAAAAUUUUACGAUACUGUGAAUCAAUCACAGUUGAAAGACAUGGAUCAUGAGAAUGACAAAUCAAGCCAAGUCGAUAUCAACAAUUUAAUGUUCAAAAGAAAAUCUAUUCCCAUACAAUCAUUUGAGUCGAACUUUUAUGACGUAAAGAAUGAGUUUUCUAAGCAUUUGAAUAUUAAGUAUUUUGGUCCAAAUACGACACUUGUUGAACAAGAAUCUUUUAAUUCAGGUUUAUAUUAUGUUAUUGACGGCACAUUGGAUGUGUUUUACAAGCCUGCUAGUAAAGAAUCUGAAAAUUUAACUCCAAUGAAUAAGAAGAAAUUAUAUACGGUAAAAUCUGGUGGUUUGGCAGGUUAUUUAAGUUCUAUCAUAGGCGUUCGCUCGUUAGUUUCGAUAUCGACACCUGGAGAUAAAGGUGUUAUUGUUGCUCAUAUUCCUAAAAAUGAAUUCUCUAAAUUAUUAGAUAAAUUUUACUUCUUACAAUUACCCGUUGCUUCAAAAUUGAAGAGCUUAUUAUCAAGUCAGAUUUUGACUAUUGACUAUGCUUUGGAGUGGUGCCAUAUUCCGGCUGGUGACGUACUAUGUUCGCAAGGAGAUUUGGCAAAUGGUUUCCAUAUUGUUUUGAGUGGUAGAUUUAGGGUUGUCAGAUACAACAAUAACAAAAGCUCUGAAGUAAACCCUGAUGAUAAUACGGAUAUACAUGACUAUAAUAAUAAUUUAAUUGAUGAGUCGCUUAGUUAUAAGUCCCGAAAGAAAAAAGAUGAUAUUACUAUUCUAGGAGAAUAUGGUCAUGGAGAAACAAUUGGUGAAGUUGAAGUAUUGACUGCUUCCAGAAGAACCAAUUCGUUAAUUGCAGUUAGAGAUUCAGAAACUGCUAGGAUUCCGAGAACUCUUUUUGAAAUGCUUUCGUUACGAAAUCCUUCUAUUAUGGUGAAGGUUUCGAGAAUUGUCGCUAAUAAAAUGGCAAAGAAAGAUAAUAUUGGCAUCCCCAGUACUAUAAGCAGUAAUGUUCCUCUCAUUGUUACAAAUACAGAUUCCCAUAUUUCAAACGACUAUAAGACAAUUACAAUUUUACCAACAGUUAGUGGGUUACCUGUUAGAGAUUUUGCGGAUAAAUUAGUUCUGGCCUUGAAAAAUAUUGGGCGUAAUGUUAUCGCAUUAGAUCAGGCAUCAACUUUGACUCAUCUUGGGCGUCAUGCUUUUGACGAAAGAUUGGCACAGUUGAAGUUGUCGGGUUAUUUUGCAUACUUAGAAGAAGAAUACCAAACAAUUGUUUAUGUUUGUGAUACUCCAUUAAAAUCAAAUUGGACUUCUACAUGUAUUUCACAAGGUGAUUGUAUAUUGUUAUUAGCAGAUGCGGACGAUGACGAUGUGGCUACUAAUAUCGGUGAAUACGAAAGAUUGCUUAUGAAGUUGAAGACUACAGCAAGAACUGACUUGUGCCUAAUUCAUGCCGACAAGUAUGUUGAACCUGGCUCAACUAGUGUUUGGCUUAAAAAUCGUAUAUGGGUGCAAGGACACCAUCAUAUUCAAAUGGAAAUUGCUAGAGAUAACAGUGUGCAACAGGGACAAAAAACCAGCAUUAUUAAGAACAUCGCUGCAAAAAUAAGUAGUAGGACUAAUACUAAUAUUAAGUCUAGGCUUGAAAAUGUUAAAACAAAGGCAAUUUUAUCUUUGAAUAAAUUCAACAAUCGUUUGAGUCGCAGAACUCAUUCUUAUAAAACAGUACAAGCCCAUAAGAAUGACUUUUUGCGAUUAGCAAGAAUCUUGUCUAAUGAAAGUGUUGGCUUGGUACUAGGCGGAGGAGGGUCCAGAGGUAUUUCUCACGUAGGUGUGGUAAUGGCCUUAGAAAAACAUGGCAUUCCAAUUGAUUUGAUAGGGGGUACUUCAAUUGGAUCAUUUGUCGGCGGAUUGUACGCAAAGGACUACAACAUUGUUUCGAUCUAUGGUAGAGCCAAGAGAUUUGCCAAGAGAGUAUCUUCCUGGUGGAGAAUGGUGUUAGAUUUGACAUAUCCAGUGACAUCGUAUAUUACAGGAUAUGAAUUCAAUAGGGGUAUUUGGAAGAUUUUUGGAUCAAGCGAAAUUGAAGAUUUUUGGAUCAGAUACUUUUGUAAUUCUACAAAUAUCACAAAUUCGACUAUGGAUAUCCACGAGAGUGGUUUCCUGUGGAGAUUUAUUAGAGCCUCAAUGUCCUUGGCGGGUUUAUUACCCCCCAUCACGUACGGCGGAAGCAUGUUAUUGGAUGGUGGUUAUUUAGAUAAUUUGCCUGUCAUGGAAAUGAAGAAAAAGGGUGCAAAAUAUAUAAUUGCUGUAGAUGUUGGCUCUGUUGAUGACAGAACCCCAAUGAACUACGGUGAUACUUUAUCUGGAUUUUGGGUACUAUUCAACAGAUGGAACCCUUUUUCAAGGCAUCCAAACGUACCAAAUAUGAUGGACAUACAAUUAAGACUAGCAUAUGUUGCAAGUGUUAAUGCAUUAGAGCUAGCAAAAAAGACCCCUGGUGUUAUCUAUUUAAGACCUCCAAUUGAUGACUACGCUACUCUAGACUUUGCUAAAUUCGACGAAAUUUAUCAUGUUGGAAUGGCUUAUGCAGAUAACUUACUUACCAGGUGGGAGCAAACUGGUAAAAUUCCACCUAUUGCCGGUAUGAUCGACAGGUCGAGAAUCAGAAAUGGUGAAGAAAGGAAGUCAUUAUAUAGAAGGAGCUCUAUUUAG